CAAAAACGCAGAGUACUCACGCAUGCGCCCUGUUCCGAUAUUGUGCUUGAGCCCGAGUCUUGCGACACACGACUCCUCUUUACGCUGUGUCGCAUAAUUGAUUGUCCAGUCGAUACUGACAUUGAACGGCUGGUGCGCGACGGUCGCCUGCCUCAUUACGAUUAUUUAUAUUCGAAAGCGAUAACACACCCAACGUAGUUUCCGAAACUAUUCCAUGAUAUGGCCUUAUUCUGUGAUAUAAUGCAUCGUAAGUUGUGAUCUGAGUGAUGUGUAGUGUCUAGUGCGUAAAUAUGGAUGUGGCAAAGGACAAGACGACCUUCCAUGACGAUUUUGGGGAUGACGACUUCAAUUCGAGGCGAUGUAUGCUUGAUGAUUUGCAGUUAGCGGCUGAACUUGGAAAGACACUUUUGGAACGAAACAAGGAAUUAGAAACUGCGUUACGUCAACACCAAAAUGUCAUCGAAGAUCAAACACAAGAAAUCGAAUACCUUACGAAGCAGACUGUCGCAUUGCGCGAAGUAAACGACUCAAGACUGAGAAUAUACGAACAACUGGAAGUGAGCAUUCAAGAUUUGGAGCGCGCAAACCACAGGCUAGCCGUCGACCAUUCCGCCGACAAGAAGCAUAUUAAAACCUUAUGCAGCAAUAUCGAAGGCUUAGAAAACAAGUGCGAAGAGUUGCAAAAAACUGUGGACGAUUUGAAUGCCCAAUUGGAAAUCGUCCGGCGGCGCUCAGAACGGAAACCUGAAAAUGAGAAGCCCAAAGAAAAAGAACAGAAACCGGCGGAGUUAGCAAUAACCAACAACAAGAACGUUAACAUCACCCCUCAAAAGUCAAUAGCACCUCUUCCUGAGCUAACAAGAGAAGAUGAAGACUUAUUAAGGCUAAGUGAUGAGUUGAGGGAAAAUAAAGUUGCAUUCGCUCAAGAGCAGAGGAGGGUAACCGAGCUCGAAGAACAACUGGCGUCGGUGAUACAAGAGAAUAAUAGACUGCAAGAACAGCUUCGAAAUUGGCAUCAGAGAGAUGACGAGCCUAAAUCUAUGCACGAAGAAUUCUCAAUCCUUGAAGAAGUCAGACAAGGACAGCUUUGCGUCAGAUGUCUCAGAGGAAUGGAGCGGGAUGAUAUGUCUUCGAUACUUGAUGGAGACGAUGAUGACAGAAGUGCCAUCAGUUCUCUCAUUCUCACGCCUGGUCAGCAAAGUCCAAGAGACGACCAUGUCACCAAUAAACUUGUCAAAUUCGACAAUGCUAAGGAAAAACUACUCCAAGGCAUAUGGGCUAACAAAGAAGAUGGUCACGAUAACCCUUACAGAGAACUGGUGCAGAAGUACGAAGCUCUGCUUGAGGUUCAACUGUCACAGGUGAAAAACAUUAGGAAGAAUAAGCCAAACUCGUUGCCUAACGCACAAAUUCAAUCUGGACCUAUCUCGCUUCAAGAUGAAUUGCAAACAUCUGGAGAUUACAGCCAAUUUAGUGUCAAAGACACAGACGAAGAGAGUGGGCAUGGAGAAGACGCUCAGAAAGAUAAUUGUCAGAAGAAAGUUGAGCCAACAUGUCGCAAGAAGAUCAUCCAAACUCCAGACUUUUCUGAAGCCGAAACUUCAAGUUCUGGCUUUUCAGAUGAAACUAGCAAUAAAGCCACUCAAACAGAACGUGAGAGACCUGGUUCCUUCUUAUGUACAAUCGCAGAUGGUGAAGACUAUCGCUUCAGUAUUUACGAUGAUGUCAGCCCAAUGGACAGUCGUUUCCGCAACAGGCCUGAAUAUCGAGAACUAUUUAAGGAAAUAUUCACAAUAUUGAAAAAGGCUGCCGAAAAUAAAGACGACGGAGAACAACUUCCAUUACUUGAUGAUACAACAACAGGAAAAGUACCACCAGUGACCCCAGCCACGGAAGAACCUCCUGGCAACUUAACUGAUGAUACACAGAGCGUAUUGUCGUCUGUUAUGUCUGAACAAUCGAUUCCAGUAUCUGAUAUUACUGCGCCAGAAACACCUACGCUGAAAGAGAAGGAACAACCGAUUCCUGAAACUGUGAAAAAACAAGAAAUAAAACAAAAUAAAGUGGAAAAUAACAAAGAAAAUAAACCAGUAGUUGAGAGCAUCAGCGAGACCCCAAAGGAAUCCGAAAGAGAUAAAGAGAGAGAAAAAGAAGAGGAGAAAGAACGAGUAUUGACACCGCUGGUGCGUCAACCACUAGAGUACAUUGCAGCUACUAGAAAGAAGUCCAGACAUCGCAACCGCAAACACAGCCAAGAUCGUCAAGGCGCUGACUCUCCUGUAUUCCCAUCGCCACCGAAAAUAAUUUAUCAGAAGUCUUCCAACAAGAAAAGGAGAGACUAUAGACCUAUCGAAGUAAGCCCGCUCGUAAAAACAUCUGAAACUGAAUGGAACGGAUCCACCCUUCAGUUCUACAACAGAAACUUGAAUUCCCCGACACCCUGCGUUAGUGGUAGGACGGGUAAGAUCUACCAAGGCUGGAACUCGGAAACUGAUUCUUGGGACAUGAAACAAAGUACUGCAUCUCAGGAGAUCCACAAAUUGAGGAAGCUUGAGCUUUCUUACGCUGAAGUACUAAGAAACGCCGAUAAAACAAAAACUAGGCGCAAGAAACAUCAAUAAACAUGUUUUUAUCCAUCGACCCCCUCUCGCUAACACGCGAGAGUCGAGUGAUCAACCGCCAUUUGUCUUUGCCAACUGGACAUAAUUUAGUUAUAAAGGUUUUGUGAUCUGCUAGCGUUACUUUUUAAUUUUUACCAUGAACCAAUAUUGGUUGCCAUAUACGUUCUGAUAUAGUUCAUUCUAUAGUGUAUUUAUCGUAUAUAAACUACAGUAUCCCAUCAAAAAUAGUCCGAGAUAAUAAUUUAUUGAUGUAUUGUAACAAACAUAUUCUCUCCCUCCGAUGAAACAAAAUAGAGUAACGUUCUUCUUCAUAAAAUAAUUAUGCAUUUAUAUAAAGACGAAAGUAUAUAAUGGCUUCAUUUGCAAAUUAUCAUUAUGUAAUUGUAUAGUUGCAUUCGAAUUUUAUACUUGAAAAUUUAAAUUGAAUGAGUUCUAUCGUUUAACUUUAUUCCGUUAAUACUUCAGUCACUAUUUUAAUUGUAUUAUAUUAUGUAUUUCAAUUAUGAACUUUAAUUUGUAAAUAUUUCUUUAAGUUAAUUUUAUACUUUAAUUUGCCAUGGUAUCUGCGAGUACAUCAAUUCAUUAUGGAAUUGUAUGCUGAAAUUUAUUUAAUGAGGAUGGAGAGAGGUCGAAGGUAUGAAAUAAAAAUUUGCAUUAAAUAUUA